GGGCACCAGCAACCCACGCAGGGGAUUGUAGUUCAUGCUGCUGCAGCAAAGGAAAACAAGUAAAGUGAGGUACCUUUUAGCCUGCUUCCGUGCGUAUAAAGUAGUGUUUUCAGAUCUGGGGGCACUCUGCAGAUAGAGUAAUGCCGAAGCGUCUUGAUAAAGUCGAAAAUAAGCCUCAAGAAACGGUGGAGGAUGAAAACAAUGAGCCCGAAAGCGAGGAGUCUGAGCAGGACACAUCGGACAAUUGGAGCGAUUUGUCCGAGGCAGAGGACAUGGAUGAGGAGGACAUGGAUGAGGAGGACGACUCCACCGUCCACAUUGAGCCUGCUGACCUGCAGAAGGGAGAGAGCUGGAAUGAUGUUAAUGAUCCAGACAUCAAACCACUGCUGCCCAACUUCAAACCCGCAUGCUCACCAGGACCUCAGCUCAUACGCACAACUACGUACACAGCCCUGCAGCUGUUCCAACUUUUCUUUACUAAUUCCAUUUUACAGACAAUUGUCAGAAACACUAAUGAAUUUGGCUCUGCUAAGGCAAGCCCCUCCGGACCAUGGACUGAUCUGACACUGAAGGACAUGUUUUCAUACUUGUCCAUGGUUGUCUACAUGGGUGUAGUAAAAUUAUCCUCAUUUAAGGAUUACUGGCGAGGGGGCAAACUCUACGGCCUGCCAUUUCCUAAACAGGUAAUAACUGGUAAGAAGUUCCUCAAAAUCAGCCAGUCCAUUCACCUCAGUAGCUCUGCGAGCGAUGCUGCUAACGAGAAAAAGAGAGGCACGCCAGCCUUCGAUCGUCUCUGCAAAAUAAAGCCACUCUACGAUAAGAUUAGGGAUGCCUGCAGAAGAAACUACCACCCUGCCCAGGAAAUUACCAUCAAUGAGCGAAUGGUUGCCUCCAAAGCCCACAGUCAGCUCAAGCAACAUAUGAAAAAUAAACCUACUCGCUGGGGACACAAGCUCUUUGUUUUGGCGGACUCCACCAGUGGUUAUACAUGGGACUUUUUUGUCUAUGAGGGAAAGCUCAACGGAAACAGCGGUAAGGGGCUUGGUUAUGAGUCGGUGAUGGAGCUACUGAACAUCCGGAUGCUGGGCACUGGAUACAAGCUCUUUGUUGAUGAUUUUUUCACAAGCCCCAUCCUUUUCCGCGACCUCCUCAAGAAGCGGAUCUGGGCGUGCGGGACCAUCCGUCCAAACAAAAUUGGCUUCCCAAAGACAAAAGUUAACAGUCUGGACUCUAAAUCUCCCUGUGGCAGCAUACGCUGGAUCAGGAAGGACUCCAUCCUCUAUGUGCAGUGGCGAGACACGAGGGACGUCACUUUGUGUUCAACCUUCCACACGGCCCAUGCAAAGAACACGGUGCCACGGAGGGUCAAAGGUGCAGAUGGGCAGUGGACCUCGAAGGAUGUGCCAGUCCCUCCAGUAGUGAAGGAGUACAACCGGUUUUCGAAUGGAGUGGAUCUCUCUGACACUAUGACAGGGUACCAAAAAGUCCACCACAAGACCCAGAGGUGGUAUAAGACGUUCUUCUAUCAUUUCAUAGACAUCGCAAUUGGGAACGCCUUCCUUCUCCAGAAAGACAUUGCAAAGAGUAAAGGAGAGAAGCUCAUCAGUCAGAAGGAGUUCAGAGAGACCCUUGCAGAGCAGCUGGCAAAGGUGGGGUCUGCCCCCAUAGCCAAACCCGCACCUCCUCCUGCUCCGACUGGAGCCCAUCACAGGCCAGUGCACAUCAGUGGGAGCAGCACCGAUGGCCGCCUGAAGUGCAGGCACUGCCACUUAAAGACACCUCUGAAGUGCUCCUCCUGUGAUAUGCCUUUGUGCUUUAUUCCUGGCCGUGACUGCUAUAAUGAAUGGCAUGCUGAGAAAAACCUGUAAAAGAUGUGUAUGCAGAAAUAGUUGGCUCUGUUACACUUUUUCACUUUUUUUUUUUUUUUUUUACAAUUGUUUACUAUGACGCUUGUUUUGAAUUUUUCACAUGCACAAAGUUUUGUCUCAAGAAGGGAAAACAUACAGUGUGUUUAGGCUUCAGUUACUCUCUGUCAGCAGCUGACAGUGGAUCUGGAUAUGCAAUAUGAUACCUCGAACCGUCGCCUUUCUCAAGAGCUCAAAAUUAUGAUGGCAUAUUCAAGCA